CAGUUCCCCUCCUAGCUCGUUGUCAGUAGUGUUGUUUGUGAGAAAGACAGAAGAAAUAAUGCCAGGCCCUCAGUGCUGCUCGAACCCACCGACCCUGAACCCAACCAGUGGAUUCGGCCACGUUGAGAAGCUUGGUGGUCUCGACUCCUAUCUCACUGGCUCUCCUAACUCCAAGCUUGCCAUUGUUCUUGUCUCCGACAUUUAUGGGUAUGAGGCUCCAAACUUGAGGAAGCUCGAAGACAAAGUUGCAGCUGCUGGCUUCUUUGUUGUGGUCCCUAACUUCUUUUAUGGAGACCCUUAUGUACCUCCAGCUGAUGGAUCCCAUGGCGGUCUACCUACAUGGCUGAAAGGUCAUGGACCGGUAUAGUAUUUUGAUAUACGAAUGUAUAAGUUUGUUUAUUUAUAAUUUCAGUGAUAUCACAAGUUUCCUGUGGGAUUA